AUUUCGUUCACAAAUAUUUUCAAAUAAAUAUUAUUUUUAGAGACGAGAGGAGACGGCGACAAUGGCGAAUUUGAUGAUGAGAUUACCAAUUAGCUUGAGAAGCUUCUCUGUUUCAGCUUCUUCAUCCAACGGUUCGCCGCCGGUGAUCGGAGGAUCUAGCGGCGGUGUAGGACCGAUGAUUGUGGAAUUACCGUUGGAGAAGAUACGAAGACCGUUGAUGCGAACCAGAUCCAACGAUCAGAACAAAGUGAAAGAGCUUAUGGAUAGUAUCCGUCAAAUCGGUCUUCAAGUUCCGAUUGAUGUGAUUGAAGUUGAUGGAACUUACUAUGGGUUCUCGGGAUGUCACAGAUACGAGGCGCAUCAGAAGCUAGGGCUUCCAACUAUACGUUGCAAAAUCCGUAAAGGAACAAAGGAAACAUUAAGGCAUCAUCUUCGCUGAAGAGAGUUUAUACUUUUAUGUAUAUUGUUUGUAUGAUAGGAACUCGAGAGUGUGUGUAUGAAAGUGGCUAUGUUUAAGUUAAUAAUUAGAACUUUGUACAAUCUUUGUGACAGAUCUAGUGACUGGAUUCUACGAUCUAUUUGCACACUAAUAAGUAGCUGAAACAAUGGUUCAAAGAAUUUGAUCAUAAAUUGGACUUGUGAUGGUCGAGAUGAUGAGUAUAAAGAAGCUGUGUUCCUUAUAGCUUGAUUGAUUACUUUGAAGAUCUAAGCAGCGUUCCGGUGGCGUUUUGUAUGAACAUUAUUCUUCUGUUAUCGGUUAAGCUUUGUGGAGAGGGUUCUUUGGGCCAAGAAUCUAUCUAUCCUCUUUACAGAACACUAAUGAGUCAUGUUCCGCAUAUGUUGGACGCAAUAGAAAGAAGUGGGCUGCUGAUUGCGUCCAUGCCUAAGGGAGGUUAGAAGCUCUGGAGUGGUAUGUGAUUACUUCUUCAUUUCUUUAGUAAUUCUUCUUUGGCCGAUUGAUACCAGCAAGAGAAAGAGGGAAAUGCUAUAAGAACCAUGUAACGCUAAGAGAGAAACAUCUUUCUGAUUAGUAUAGGUGACGCAUGACCUCGAGGCGAGGUUUACUUCGGUAACUCGAAGGGAACUCGUAUAUUUGGAUGUUCUUUUUAUUAGUCUGCAUUCAAUAUCGAAGAUACGAUCGAGUUACCAAGUAAAUUAAGAAGCAGAACUAAUAGCAAAAUUUACAAACGCUUGCAAUUGUACAACAAAUUGCAAUCAUAUUAUGGAAUUUUAACCUCUCAUGAACACAAACUUUCAACCACUUUAAGCACAAAACACUGAGCUUAUAAGAAGUGCAGAGACAGAGUAUAUAACGCGAUGAAGAUGAUGCAAAAGAUAGAGAAGUAAUGAAUGCAGAGCAUAAACGAGGAAACCACACACUAAAGGUUUAACGAGUUACG